AUGGCGGACGCAACGGCAAGUAGCCGUGGAGGCCUCCGCCGUAUAAAGGAAGAAGACAUCCAGGCUAUAGAAGAUCGCUUGCUGCGGCUCGAACGGCGCGUGAAGAAGGACCAUGAAGAAAGUGCACAGUACGCUGCCCGCGCCAACGCGGAAAAGCACGUCAAGAAGAAAUCACUUUAUGAGCAAGAGCACGAAAUCGUCGACGAAUACAAAGGCAAUGACGUACAGGGCGAAGGUCAACACAACAGCAACAGGCACUUUUCCCUUCCAAGCACCGACGUCUUCGUCGUGGCCACCGUGUUUGGACUGGUGCUGAUGGCGGCACUGUAUCUUAUUCGCAAAGUUCGCAGACAGCGCACGCGUAGUUACCAAAGCAUUGAUUAA